GAUGACGUGGCACGUUUUGAACCGUCAGAUUUAUCCGAGCAAGCCGAUCCAGGUUUCAUAUUGACCAACACACUAGAGUAGCGCCUGAGUUCUGAGUUCUCACGGUGUGUCGGAUCCAAUCAGCGAGAAACAACCGAAAUCGUCUUCCAAACUCCAUGGCGCCGAAACCGAUUACCAGUCCCGUACCAGACGCCUGGUACCCAACUCUGUCGGUCUUCAUGCUCGCGAUCGGUCUCGUGGUUACCGCCUCCUUCUUCAUUUAUGAAGCAACCUCUUCUAGGCGGACCCGAAGUCUUACCAAGGAGCUUAUCACAGGGGCCGUGGCUUCUGUCUUCCUGGGUUUUGGGUCCUUGUUCUUGCUGCUUGCUUCUGGUGUUUAUGUCUGAACAUUUUUUUUUUUUUUUUAACCGUUGGACAGAAUGAGAUUUUUCAAGCAGAAUUAGUUUUACAUGGAGAAUGUGAUUUUAAAAUUGUUAGUUAAUUAUAUUUCGUAGUUUUUGGAAUGAAGGCAAUUUCCAUCAA